GUAUCAAGAAAGCUAGCAGUAAACAUGAGUAAAACUAGAGGAAAUAAACCCAUCAAUGAACUAACUACGGAAGAACUGAUUGCUAAAGUAUGUUCUGAAUUCACUGAUAAAGUUCAAAAAUCUUUCAAUAUGCGAUUUGAUGAGCUCGACAAGAAACUGAAUUCCAUAAAUGGUACCCUUACUAAUAUUAAAAAUAGCGUUCAAAAUAAUCAAGAAGCUAUCGUUGUGGCUGAUGAAAAGAUAGAACGUCUAGAGCAAUCAAUUAAGGAAAACUCACUCAGAAUUUAUGGCUUAGUAGAGGAGGAAGAAGGAGUUUCUGUUUUGGAGCAUGUUAUUGAAUUUUUCAACUCACAGCUGAAGGUAAAUUGUUGCAUUGAAGACUUUGAUUGUGUUAUGCGAAUUAAUCGGCGGGACGACAACGAGAACAAACCUCGAGUAGUGAUUGUAAAAUUCUUGAGUAAUGUUAAAAAAACACAAGUCUUCAGUGCGAAGACAGAGCUGAAAAAUAAUGGGGUGUCAAUUUUCGAAGAUCUGACGAAGAAAAAUUUUGCUCUGCUUACAAUGGCCAAAAAUAAAUUCGGAAAGAAGCAUGCAUGGUCCCAAGGAGGGAAAUUUUAUUUUCACAAUGAGAAAGACAGGAAGAGGUGCUCGGUGAACUGUGAAGGAGAUAUACAAUCUCAUUAA